GAGGCAGAUAACCGUGAUGAGGACCAGGCAGGGAUACCAGACAUCUGCAGCUUUUGCUUUUCUCUCACUCAUUUAAUGUGUUGUACUGUCUCUUUUGAUCAUACAUCAAGAUCAGUUUCUGAAGUUUUCUAAUCUAAAUAUUACGGUUUCAGACCUCCGCCCUUUUCUGUGGGACUCUAAGGAGGUUUUAUAGAUUGCAUACCGCUUUUUUUUUUUUUUCCAGUGUUCAGGAUGGGCCAGAUGUUCUGUCGAGCAGCACGAAACUCCUCAGGACGUAUGAACUAGGAUGAUACCGGAUAUUUCCUGUGGCAGACGCUGGUGACAUUUGCUCUGUUGCAUCACCGUCGGCGUUUACAGAAAAAAUAAUGCAUCAUAACCAGGAGGAGCAGUCGGUAAAUCCCAUUACUGCGCAACACGGGACAGCGCGGCCCAGUGACUCCAACAGUCUGGGCAGCAGCUUGUUGGGCAGCUUGGCCACUGACCUGCAGCCACCUGCUUACUGCAAACUGGAGUUCAUGAGACAUGCAGUGACAGAUGAUUAUAAGGUCACAGCUCAGGUGCUCGGCCUGGGAAUAAACGGCAAAGUCCUGGAAUGUUUUUGCAAGAAAACUGGAGAGAAAUGUGCCCUGAAGAUCCUGUACGAUACUCCUAAAGCCAGACGGGAGAUUGAACUACACUGGCGAGCUUCUGGAGGUCCCCACAUUGUCCGCAUACUCAGCCUGUAUGAGAACAUGCACCAGGGGAAGAAGUGUCUCCUCAUCAUAAUGGAGUGUAUGGAGGGAGGGGAGCUGUUCAGUCGCAUUCAGGCCAGAGGGGACCAGGCCUUCACAGAGAGAGAGGCGUCAGAGAUCAUGCACGACAUCGGCACAGCCAUAGAGUACCUCCACCUCAUGGACAUCGCUCAUAGAGAUGUGAAGCCUGAAAACCUGCUCUAUACAACCAAGGAGAGUAAUGCCACACUAAAACUGACAGACUUUGGCUUUUCUAAGGAGACGACACUGCACAACUCCCUCCAAACUCCCUGCUACACUCCAUAUUAUGUCGCCCCAGAGGUGCUUGGGCCAGAGAAAUAUGACAAAUCAUGUGACAUGUGGUCUCUGGGCGUAAUCAUGUACAUUCUACUGUGUGGGUUUCCUCCAUUUUACUCAAACACAGGUCAGGCCAUCUCUCCUGGCAUGAAGCAGAGGAUCAGGUUGGGCCAAUAUGAGUUCCCCAACCCUGAGUGGGCUGACGUUUCUGAGGAAGCCAAACAGCUCAUCAUUCAGUUACUAAAGACGGACCCCAGUGAGAGGAUGACUAUUGGACAGUUCAUGAACCAUCCCUGGAUUAGUCAGUCAAUGGUCGUCCCUCCGACACCCCUACACACCUCCCGUGUUUUGACAGAAGACAAGGAGCUUUGGGAGGAUGUGAAGGAGGAAAUGACCAGCGCCCUGGCAACAAUGCGUGUUGACUAUGACCAGGUGAAGAUCAAAGACCUGGACACGUCCAACAACCCUCUGCUCAACAAGAGACGCAAGAGGCCUGUGCCUGCAGGAGGGGACACAGGACGAGGAGACAGUGAUGGAGGUGAUGGAGGAGUGGUGUGUAAUAGUCACAGAGAAGUAAAAUUUUCAGAGGAGCACGGGAAAAUGAUCAUUGGACAAAAGUAGUUUAAAACUAUGAAAGCCAGACUGAGCAGUUUACAUAUCGCUUAUUGUAUUUCACUCACUUUCCUCCAUCUUUGUAUCACUGCACUAACUCAUGUCAUUUAUUUUGAUUGUUACCACUCUAACAUUUCAAAUAAAAUAGUUUUUUUA